UCCUCUGUCUCUCUCUCCGUCUCUUCCUCUCCUCCUCCCUUUCUUGAUCGUUAAGUAAGAAUCUGAGCAAAGCUUCCGUACAUGCCUUUUUCCUUCUUCUUAACUCUUCCGUUGUGGGUUGUGCCGGAGAAAGGAGCUGCCAUCGAGUUCCGCCAUGGCUGCUGCGUCGACCGGUCCCCGCGACCACAUCGAGAGGAUCAGGAGGGAGAGAUACUACAUCGGGAGAGAGGAGAAGAACCCCUUGGCAGAAGACAUCCAUCAGGCCGUCAGCUACCUCUCCGAGGAGCUCUACUCCAAGGAUGUCCACUUUCUCAUGGAGCUUAUUCAGAAUGCAGAGGAUAACAAGUACAAAGAGGGAGUCACUCCAUCCCUGGAGUUCGUUAUUACAUCCAAAGAUAUCACAAUGACUGGUGCCAGCUCAACUCUUCUUCUCUUCAACAAUGAGAUAGGAUUCUCCCCAGCAAACAUAGAUUCUAUUUGUAGGAUUGGUAAGUCCACAAAGAAAGGGAGGCGACACCUUGGUUACAUAGGAGAGAAAGGAAUAGGCUUUAAAAGUGUGUUUCUGAUCUCCAGCAAACCCCACAUCUUCAGCAAUGGGUAUCAGAUAAGGUUCAAUGAAGAACCAUCACCCGACUGCAACCUAGGUUACAUCGUGCCUGAGUGGGUUGAGUCGAACCCAAACCUCUCUGACAUACAAAAUAUAUAUGGUUCCUCAAAAAGCCUUCCUUCAACUACUAUAAUCUUGCCUUUGAAGAGUGAGAAGGAGUUGACUGUAAAAAAACAAUUGUCAAGUUUACAUCCAGAGGUCCUACUAUUCCUUUCUAAAGUUAGACAACUAUCUGUGAGGGAAGACAAUGAUGAUCCAAAGCUUAACACUGUCAGUCAAAUCUCUAUAUCAAGUGAAGCUAAUUACCAGAUGAGAAAGAACUUGAAUGCCGAAUCAUACACCCUUCAUCUUGCCGCUCAUGAGGUUGACAAAAAUGAUGAAGAAGCAUGCUCCUACUACAUGUGGAAGCAAAAGUUCCCUGUUAAGCCCGAAAGCAUUGUGAAGAAGAGGAUGGAAGUUGAGGAAUGGGUAAUUACUCUGGCUUUUCCCUCUGGAAGACGAUUGAAUCGAGGGAUGAAAUUGUCUGGAAUAUUCUCCUUUCUUCCCACCGAGAUGGUGACUGGUUUUCCAUUCAUAAUUCAGGCUGAUUUCCUUUUAGUUUCAUCAAGGGAGUCCAUACUUUUAGAUAGCCCAUGGAACCAAGGGAUUCUUAGCUGUGUACCAUCUGCAUUUAUAAAUGCUUUUGUUACACUGGUUAAAGGAGCAGAUGAUGCACCCUCAUUUUCUGUUCCUUACCUGUUUAAUUUCAUUCCAGUGAAGAGCUCCUCUAUCCCACAGCUGGAUUCAGUGAGGCUGUCCAGUAAAGAAAAGGUGGCUGCUGAGCAUAUCAUACCAUGUGAACCCUACACUUCUCAAAGGAUAUUUUGUAAGCCCAGUGAGGUUAGCCGGCUGAUUCCAGCCUUUUGGAAUGUGCUGAUCAAAGCACAGAAGUUUGGGGUAGAUAUACAGAGCCUCCAUUCGCAUGGAAGGUAUAUUGUGAACUCUUAUUUUGAUAACAAAGAGUAUGAUCAAGUGUUGGGCUUUCUGGGGGUGGAGUACGUUGAAAAAGCAUGGUAUGGAAAGUUUAUUGAGUGUUCUAAUCUUGCAAAGGAAGUGCCUGAUGAUAUUUAUGUGGUCCUACUGCAUUUCAUUGCUCACAAUUGGAACAAUUGUUUUAUUGACUUGCCACUCCUGAAGUCUCUUGAUGCCAGUGGCUGUGUUUCUUUGUUGAGUGUACGGAAGGCAACAAAUGGCUGCCAGAGAUUAUGUAUUGCACAAGAUGAUGAUUCCAUCUCUUGGCUUAUCAAGUGGAACCAAGAGUUGAUUACUGCCUCAAAUCUAUGUUUUAUGCCUGAAAGCACACAAAAAGCUCUAAGAGUGUCUAGAGGAGUUCUUGAUUGGCUUCAAGAGUCUGUGAAUCUGCAGCUUGUUAGUGUUGAAGACUAUGGAUCAAAGGUGGUAAAAGCACUGACUGAUAGAAGGCUUGUAAUUGCAUUCACUCACUUCCUAUAUCACUCUCUUAUCAAUGAUUAUGCUUCCAAUUGGUGCAUCGGACAGUUGUGUUCUUCCCUGCCGAUUGUAGAUGACUAUGGGCAUGUGACUGUUCAAAGGACACAGGUGCUCAUGCCAGCUAAAGUGAGCAAGUGGGCAGGAUUAUUGGGUUCAAAUCCAUGGAGAGCAGAACGUUACGUUGUAUUGUGCACAGAGUACUUGUCCCCCUGGGCGUUUGCUGGCACCUAUACAUCUGAAGGACAGAUCUUGCGCUUCCUACAAAGUCACUUAAAGGCCACAGAUGUCCCUUAUGUUUAUCCUCCAGAUGCUGCAUUUACUACUGUCUACUCUCCUUUGACAAAGGAAAAUGCAUUCUUGCUACUUGAAUGGAUUCGAAAUAUAAGAUCCAAAGGAAUUAACAAACUGCAGAACUUUCUGAACUGCAUUAGAACUGGAAGUUGGUUGAAGACAUCUAUUGGUUACAAGCCACCUUCUGAGUCAUUCCUUCCGAGCUCAGAAUGGGGAAAUUUACUACAAAUUUCCUCAGUCCUCGUUGACAUACCAUUAAUCAACCAAGAAUUUUAUGGAAAAAAUAUAUGGGAUUACACUGAAGAACUUAAAGAAAUCGGAGUCAGAUUUGAAUUUCAGCAGGCAUCAAAAUAUAUUGGCAAGCAUCUCAUGGAUUUAGCGGCUCACUCCAUCUUGACCAGAGGAAAUGUUUAUUCAUUGCUGAGGUUGAUCAGAUACUUGAGAGAGAAGCAGUUGUCGCCUGAGUCUUUGAUUCAGAGCGUCAAAGACAGUAGAUGGUUACAGACUUCCCAUGGUUACAAGACCCCAUCAGAAUCCAUACUGCUUGAUUCAGAAUGGACAAUUGCAUCACAAGUUAGUAGUCUCCCCUUAAUAGAUACUAACUUAUAUGGUAAGGAAAUUGUUCACUACAAGACUGAGCUUGAUUUACUUGGAGUUUUAGUUGGGUUUAACAGAAAUUACCAGCUAGUGGUUGAUAAUUUUAAAAUGCCUACAAGUUUUACAUCUUCUCAUGCUACUAUUUUCAUACUCAAGUGUAUUCGACAUGCUCGUGCCCCUGAUAAGCUCAUAGAAAAGACAAGGCAGAUGAAAUGGUUGAAGACCCAUCUUGGCUACAAAACACCAAGUGAAUCAUUUCUGGUUGCUUCAGAAGUUUGUCUUCUAAACGUGGUCAAUGGUGUGCCAAUAAUUGAUGAGGGGUUCUAUGGCAGCGGAAUCACGUCAUAUAAAGAAGAGCUGAAGAAAAUAGGAGUUGGUGUCGAUAUUGAUGAUCUAUCCAAAGUUAUUGCUACCCAACUGAAACAACUCAUAGCUUCUUCAUCUGUUACAAGCAAAAAUGUUCUUGCUUUACUAGCAUGUUACAGAAAGAUGGGUAGUAAAUUUCCAACUGAUCUUUUGGCCUUUACCCAUCAUGAGAAAUGGUUGCAUACCAGGCUGGGCUUCAGAUCUCCCAAGGAUUCGAUCCUAUUAGAUACAGAGUGGGAGUCCAUCUCAUCGAUAGCCAGUCUUCCCCUCAUUGAUGGCAAUUCUUCAUUCUAUGGUCACUCUAAUGAAAUUUACAAUUACAAAAAUGAGCUCAAGGAUUUUGGUGUUGUGGUGGAUUUCAAAAGGGGGGCAGAAUUUGUUAUAAAGGGUAUUCGCAUUCCCAAAAAUCCUUCAGUCAUCACCCGGGCAAAUGUUCUUUCCUUGCUGAAGUGCAUCCACAAUCUGAAAGGGAAAAUGGAGGUUCUUCCUAAUGAGUUCAUGAAAAGCAUAAGCAAGAGUUGGCUAAAGACCACUACGGGCUACAAAUCUCCAGGAGAGUGUCUCCUCUUUGAUCCAAAGUGGGGUUUACAAAGGGAAGAUGGGCCCUUCAUUGAUAAUGAAUUUUAUGGCUCAGAGAUUACAUCCUACAAGAAUCAACUUAAAGAAAUUGGAGUGAUUGUGGAUGCCACUGGCGGAUGCUUGUUAAUUGCACGUCAUAUCAAAUUUCAUUCUGAUAUUACUGCAGUCUCCAGAGUUUACAUGCACUUGAGUGAAUUUAAAUGGGAGCCAGAAAAUGAAGCUGCAGAUUGGAUAUGGAUCCCAAGUGGAAGUGGUGGUGGCCAAUGGGUGAGUUCUAGCAGUUGCAUACUUUACGAUAAAAAUCAUAUGUUUGGCUCCCAACUCUAUGUUUUGGACAAGUAUUAUGAGACAAAACUUCUUGGAUUCUUUACCACGAUUCUUGGGGUUCCGCAUGGUCCAAAUAUUCAGGAUUACUGCAAACUCUGGUGCUCAUGGGAAGCUUCACUGCACCACCCGACAGUCUUGCAAUGUUCUGCUUUCUGGGAGUUCAUUGCAAAGCACUGGAAUGCUAAGACGGAGAAGCUGCUACUGGGCUGCAUAUCAAAGCUUCCAGUGCAAAAGAAUAAUGAGAUAAUGCUGUCCAACAAGCAAGAUGUAUUCAUUCCCGAUGACCUCUUGCUGAAGGAUCUGUUCGACAAGUGUUCUGAUGAAGCAAUUUUCAUAUGGUAUCCUUCAACUAGCACUCCUGCACUGUCUAGAGCAAAUUUGAACAAGAUCUAUAUCAGUAUUGGUGUCAGAACAAUUUCGGAGGCUGUAGAAAAUGAUGAGUCCUUCACAGCAGAAGGCGCCAAUGUUAGGGAAGUUGAUCCAGGAUCUCUGGUGUCGAAAGAUGGGUUGCUCAGGAUCGUUCUUGCAUUUCUCUGUGAUACUUCUUUAGCUACAAGUUCUGCUGAAAGGCAUCGCAUUGUUAAUAACCUGUGCAAUUUACAAGUUUUGGAGUUGGAUGAACCCAUUACGGUAAGCUACAAGUUGUCACUCGCCACAGGCAAGAAUUUGAUUGCGAAGGCUAGCAAAAUGUUUCGCUGGGAGAAGGACAAUGCUAAGUUGUUCGUACAGAGCAUUGAUGGUUCAAAGAGAAAGAGAGGCAGCAUCGAAUUCGCCACAUUUUUUGCAGAUGUAAUAUCACAGGGCCUGUUGUUUGAAAUGUCUGAUCAGAUUGCUGCACUCUCUGAGCUGAUUAGGUUGGGCUGCUUGUUAGACUUUGAGGAAGAUGCUGUGGAGUUUCUGUUGAAGACCAAAAACCUCCAAUUGUUUGCUGAGGACGAAGAGCUUCUAUCAUCCAUAUCAACCUCCUCGAAGGUCUGAGUCACCAACAAGUAGACCACCGUUCUGCGACGUCAAAGUUAUCAUGUUUUGUUCUCUUUUGGAUAACUUUGAUGCAUGCUUAUUUCUCUGUUUAUCAACAC